AUGUCUGGGGCUCACGCAGAGAGCGUGAUUAAAAACAUUAUCCGUGAGAUAGUGCAGCAGUGUGCCGCGAGAGGGCACGCGGUGUCGGACACUCUGGUGGCUUUCAUGGUGAAAGCUGUUGUGCUGGACCCAAGGAAUGGUUUCAAUGUCGAUCGAACACUGACCAAACAAGAUGUCCAGAAACUGGAAGAGCUGUGUCUGGGUAAACUGAUGGAAGAGUGCAGCCCGUCCCUAGACACAAUCAAAAUGCAAGUGUUCUUCGACAUGAAUUACACCUCCCGGCGAGAGUUUCUAGAGGAGAUCCACCGGGUGCUGGAGUCCAGGCUGAGCUCAGUGAGCAGAGAGAUCACUGACAGCAGAGUGAAAACACGAGAGGAAUUUGACGCCUUGUAUUGUAAAAUCAUCACGUACAUCCAGCUGCGCUCCGGCAUGGGCUCACCUACAGAUGACACCGCCCUGAAAGAGGCUACAGCCGCCUUGCAGAGCGUCUUCCCUCAGACUGAGCUGGGAGCCUUCAUCGUCCUCCUGAAGAGAGACAAGGAGCAGCAGCUCAGAGAGCUCACCAUGAUCGUCACAGGGAUCAGACUGUUCAACAAAGCCAGCAAGAAGGGAGGCGAGGAGACUGACCUCCAGGAACUGAUGCCUUCCAUUCUUAAUGAAGCUCUUCCAGUCACCAGUAAGAGCAUAGAAAAGGAGCUGAGUGUGUCACAGACUCUGGCGUGGAGAUACACCUCCGUGCUGGAGAAGGAGUCUGACAGUCAGCCUGCAGAAUGUGACCCCCCCGCCGUCCUGCUCAAACAGGCUCUCUACAACGUCCGGCAGCAUGAAGUCUUUCUCAAAAUGUUACUGGCUGAUGCAUGUUUAUGUGCCAAGCAUGUAGAAAUGCUGCAGACUGCACUCUCGUCACAAAUGAAGCUGCUGAAAGAAACCAUACAGGCAAAGACAGCUGUACCCACUGCAAAUGUUUUUCCGCGCUUUAAGUCCCUGUCAGAGCUGUGGUCUGCGCUGCAGGAUGAGGCUCAGCUGCUGAACAUCCUCAGGAGCAUCCUGCUCAGCCUGCAGCCCUUCACUGCCUCUCAGGCCAAGAUCUUCUCUGAGGCAUGUGUGGACGGCCUGCUGGAGGCGGCAGAGGUGAAGACAGACCAACAGAGAAUGGCUGAGUCGGCAGAUGAGCGUAUAGUCCCAGCUGAGAUGAACACACAGGAGUGGCUCCUGCCUGAAACCACAGCCAGCUUUGAUGAGCUGCCGCUGCAGUAUAACGGAGUCUGUGGCUACUCUCUAGUGACCAGAGACGGGCUGCUACUCCCAGGUUACCCACACAUCGGAAUCUUUAAUCACAAGGAGAAGCUCUAUGUGUUUAGCUCCAAAGAAGCAGCAUUAAGAUUUGCCUCCAGUCCGGGGGACUUCAUUGCAGAGGUAGCAGAGAAAGCCAAGCUCUCCCCUGAACUCAUCCAGCUCCUCCAACUCCACCGACAGUUCUCCUGCGUCAGUCCUUACUCAGAGUUGCAGCCAGGAGAGAGUUUAUUGGUGAAGCCUAUCACUAAGUGUGAGAGCGGCACACAGACAGACAUCCACCCAUUGGAGACAAACAUCGACAAGUCAUACGAGUGGAAUGAGUGGGAGCUGAGAAGAAAAGCUAUCAAACUGGCUGAUCUGCGGACCAAAGAGACACGGUCGAUGCAGACUGAUCUGAGCCACAUGAGGCGGGAAAACGUCACGCAGACCUGGCCGCCCAAAGAUGCUGCCACUCAGAGCAAGAGAGACGGGGACAGCAGCGUGCCCAGACCUCAGGUGUACCUGGCCGGCCUGAGGGGACAGAGAGACGCACACGUGGUCAAAACAAACCUGACCCGGCCCGUGGACCAAUAAACAGGGAUCUGAAAGAAAAAAAACAUCAAAAUAAAAGUUAGUGUAAGCAUGUUUUUGUUUUUAUUCAUUCUGCUUUUGAUGAGGACUGGAGGACUUUAUAAAAUACAAAAGCAUAGCCAGAUAAUGUACCGGUUAAAGUGUUCCUAUUUCUUUCGUUUUAUGCAGUAUAUAUGUAGCGAAGGAUUUCAGAGCGUUUCAAAUUGGAAUGUUUUAAAUGCAUGCACAUUCGCAGGCUAGUAAUCUGUGUAGGCUGGAACAUAAGACAAGUACUAAAACUGAAGUCUACCAUUCUUUAUUGGUCUGAAAGUAUGACAAGACUGUGUUUUUGCACCAGUGUUUUUAUGUUUGUUUCACCCCCUUACUUGGUCUAAAUUUGCUCUUACAUUAAAACAAAAAACAUGAAUGUUCAGCAAAUAUGUAUUAACACCCUUCUACGCUGUAAACAAUGUCUCAGAAUACUGGUUUACAUGAAUAACUGCAGUGAAUAUACAAAUAAUACACACUGAUAAUGCAUUCCAAAAUGAUAAUGUUGCUGAUUUGAUGGUGUGUAUUCUCUGAUGGAUGAACAUCAUCUAGGCUUACCCAUUCAUUUCAUAUGGAGGUCAUUUAUGACUGGGAACAAAGUUGAAUAAAGCACUCAGAAUUCAAUGAAAGUGGUGAUCAGCAAUAUUACAUGUUCCAGCGCCUACUGUGGAGGAUAUCAUAAGACGUUGAAGCAUCAUGUAAAACACAAUAUUUAUGAUUGAUGAAAGUAGUACAUUGGUAACAAAUUGGCCCUAACACGACAGGAGGGUUAAC